CUCUCUCACAAUACACAUGCGGUGGCCGCAAAUGCAGGAAGCACAGCUCUAUCAUCAGACAGUGGAAACACAACCACAACAUGCAGGGCUGAAGCUGUUCGUUCACUGAAGGACAAUUCUACUGACCAAUAGUUGUUGUUUUUACAGAUGAGAAGGAGAGAGAAGAAACACUUACUGUCUGUGACCUGAGAAGAAAGGAAAGGAGAAGAGGAUAUAGUAAAUGAGAGAUACUUGACUGCUUUCUCUGAGACCUGAGGAGAAGAGAAGAGGAGAUGAAAUAGUAAAAGAGAGAUACUUUACUCCUUUCUCUGAGACCUGAGGACAAGAGAAGAGAGGAGAAAGGAAGAGACAGUAUUUUUCUGUUAUGAUUUUAGUCUCUGAUGGAGGAUGUUCUUCAGUGAUGCAGAUGUAACAGCCUGUGAGUCAGGACAUGCAAUUCUACUACGUGUACGUGGGUGACCAUACGUGGGCGACCAUGUUGGGACAGAGUGUCCGUUUGCAGCCAGUACCCAUCCAGAGCCUGUCUGAGCUGGAGAGAGCCCGGCUGCAGGAUGUGGCCUGCUACCAUCUGGAGAAGAGGGACCUGGACUUCAACAUCAGCAUCCCCAGAGAAAUCCGCAAGAGAAGGAAAUCACUCAGACGGAAGUUUGACUCCUCCAAAGAGAAGAAAGAGAAAGAACGAGAGACAGCGGCCAAGGCGUUUGGUAUAACCCUCUCCCAGGCGAUAGCCAACGACCGGGCGUACAAGCAGCGCCAGGAUGCUCUGAAGGAGAGCAGAAGAGACUGUCUGGAUCUGGAGGCCAGCGUCCUGAUGUUCCGGGCUGAAAAACGCCAGCUUAGCGACGGGAACAAACCCCUCUGCAGCACGGCUUCAUCACCCUUCAGUGGAUCUACAGCUUCGUCUUCAUCAUCCUCGUCAGUGCUGGAGCUGCACAGCAAGCCGCUCUCACCCAGGUUCCUGGAUAACACGGCUAGAGUGCAGAGACGGGGUGGCCUAUCAGUGGACUGCAUCUCAGAUCUUGUAGAGAGUCAGUCCCGCCUGUUGGAGGCGCUACAGCUGUCCCACCCUGCAGAGCUGGAGCUGAAGAAGACUGCAGCCGGAGCCGGGGGGCGGACCCAGACCAAGCUCAGCCUCAACCCCAUCUAUAAACAGGUCCCCCGUGUGGUGGAACGCUGCUGCUGUCACAUAGAGAGACACGGGCUACAAACUGUGGGGAUCUUUCGUGUUGGCAGCUCCAUAAAGAGAGUUCGGCAGCUGCGUGAGGACUUUGACAUGGGGACAGAUGUGUGUCUGGAAGAGGAGACCAGUGUCCAUGACGUAGCAGCCCUACUGAAGGAGUUCCUCAGAGACAUACCUGACCCUCUACUGCCUAGAGAGCUCUACUCUGCUUUCCUCCACGCCAACCUUCUGCAAGGGACAGACCAGUUCCUGUACCUCCAGCUGCUCCUCUACCUGUUACCGGCCUGUAACUGUGAUACCCUGCUCCGCCUCCUCACCCUGUUACACACCGUACAGAGCCACGCACAGGACACCACAGGACCACAGGACACCACAGGACCACAGGACCAGGUGUUCCUAGGCAACAAGAUGACAGCAACUAACCUGGCGGUGAUAUUUGGUCCCAACCUGUUGCAGGGGGAGAGGGGCGGAGGGGACAGGGAGAUGAGUCCUCAUGCCAUGGACAUCGAGGACAGCGCCGCCAUCAUCAACGUCACCCUGCAACUUAUACAGAACUAUAAGCAACUAUUCAUGGUGUCAGCAGAGCUCCAACAAGAGGUGCUGAUGAGUCUCAUUCAGACAGAUCCUGACAUCAUCGACUAUCUUCUCCGCAGGAAACUCAGUCACCUGGCGGUGGGGACAGUAGAUUCUACGGGGAGUCGGCGGGACACGGGGGUGUCUCUGGACUCUGUGGGGUCAUUCAGUGAUAGCCUGUCACCCCUGGAGACCCCCUCACCACUCUUCAACUUGUCCCCCCUGGAGCCCCCCUCUCCCCUCUUCAACCCUGACGGGCCCGGGGAUGGCAGCCUGACCAGUGAGGUGUUCUUUAACCUGGAGGUGCUACGACACCACAACAACAAGAAACGCUCCAACGUGAUCCUGUCCAAGUCCAUCGGCCAGAUGAGACAGUUCCAUUCCAACCACAACCUCCUGAGUCUGUCCCAGUCCUCUAGCAGCUCCAGAGUCCACCCAGAGGACAGCUACCAUGCCCAGGAACAGAGGGCUCCACUGGGGGAAGAUCUGAGCUUCACCCUGGGGGCUGCCUCAUGCUCCAGCCUGGGAGGACAGGGGGAUAACAGUGUCUGGGUGAGGCAGACACCCCAGGAGGAGAGAGAGAAACAGGUGGCUAACAGUGUCUGGGUGAGGCAGGCGCCACAGGAGGAGAGAGAGAAGCCAUCUCCAAGUCAUUCCAGUUAUUUCUGGGACUUCUUCACAGGGAAGAGCUCGGGGUCAGAGACCAUGGUAUGAUAGGACACGACACUGGGGGGUGCGGUGGAGGAGUGAGUUGGAGCAGCCCACCGGGCUUUUGUCGGUUCUGCCAGUUUCUAGGCUGAUGGAAGGUGGUUGAACCAUGGACUCUAUGGGGGCGUCCAGUGGUAGCCUGUCACCUGACCAUGAGAGAGAGGGUAUAUACACGUGUCAGACAAACACAACCCAAACAUACUAAACACACUGUUUAAAUACUAACACUGCUUGGGACUAACAUUGCCAAGGAAUUUUAUAUAUUUUUUUUUACUAUUGCUCCUAUAUCUCCUUUGGACUCCGAGUGAUGCGGCUGCAGACUAUGUUACGGUACACUAUCCCUUAUCACAGUACAGCUUUUUACUCAGCUCAUGAAUUAAGUUUGAAACAUUGGUUACAAUGAUGUGUGUGUGGUGGUGGGGG